UGCAAACGGGUAUCUUGCUGGUUUUCGCCCUUCAGCAAAUAUGGUAGAAGUACCGGACGAGCGUAAAGUGGCCUACAACAUCCUGGGGAGGUCUGGACUGAAGGUGGCCAACAUAUGUCUCGGCACGAUGACGUUUGGCAGUGCUGGGUCCGAGCUACCUGGUCAGGCCACGGAAGAAUACUCCCACCAGGUGCUUGACCGCUACGUCCAGUGGGGAGGCAACUUCCUCGACACCGCCGACGUCUACACACAGGGACUAUCCGAGAAGUUCAUUGGGUCCUGGCUAGCAAAACAAACACGUGACAAAAUUGUUGUUGCCACAAAGGUCAGAGGAGCCAACAACUCUGGGGUAGGACUGGGUCGUCGCCAUAUUGUCCAGAGCAUACAAGACAGUCUAGAGAGACUGCAGACAGACUACGUGGAUCUGUACCAGAUGCACCUCUGGGAUUAUGGCACUCCUAUUGAAGAAACGCUCCGCACCUUUGAUGACCUGGUUCGAUGUGGGAAGGCGCGCUAUAUCGGUGCCAGUAACGUGGUGGGUUGGCAGCUACAGAAGAUAGUCUGUACAUCGGAGAAGCUUGGCCUGAACCCCUUUGUCAGCUUACAGCAACAGUACAGCCUUUUGUGUAGGGAGACUGAGUUCGAAUCCCUACAGGUGUGCAAGAUCGAGGGAUUAGGGGUGCUGCCUUGGAGCCCUCUCAAGGGAGGUCUUCUUUCUGGGAAAUACACACGGGAGUCUCCCCCGACGACAGGACGUCAUGGAUGGAGGAGACAAAACGACGCCGGCAGCUGGAACACUGUCCAGGAGGACAAUCAGAUCUGGGCCAUCAUGGACGCAGUGCGGGACAUCGCCAAUACGCGCGGCAAGUCCAUGGCCCAGGUGUCACUGCGCUGGCUGCUGCAGAAGGAUGUGGUUCCAUCAGUAAUCAUCGGAGCCACGACUCUGGAACAGCUGGAUGACAACUUGGGAGCUGCUAGUGGCUGGACACUGUCUUCAGAGGAGAUGGCACGACUGGACGAAGUGUCUCAACCCAGUGUACCGUAUCCCUAUGAAAUUGUUUGGAGACUCAACAAGUCUCGGCGCAAUCCCUACCAGUCAUCGUACUUCGUCUCCAACUCAGACUGAUCACAGCAUAAAGUGUCAUGCAUAGAGAUAAGACACACUUGGUCGUGCACAGAUUUCCUGUUGGUCUCAACAUGGUGCAGUAGUAUAUGCUAGAGAUUAUUUAAACACAUGGACUGGUAUUUUGACAUGUAUGCGUUCUAUAAGAUCUAUGAAAAACAUGUUAACAGAUAUCACCAGGUGCUACACAUGGCAGGACAGGUGUUUAGGAAAAUAUAGAUAAUAGGAAUGAA